ACGAAGAAGAGCAACAACUUGGUGAUAUUGUAGCAGCUAAAUAGCUAGCUAGCUCUUCACAAACACAAUUAUAAGGGCACGAAACUUACAGAUAUGCUCCAGGAAACGGACUGAUAUUUGGCUGUCUAUUUCUCCCGGCCGCUAUUAUCAGAGCUUCGUGAAUCCGACUUUGAACUGAAAAACGAGUUAAACUUGUUUUUGAUGAUGGAUCUUGAAAGGCAGAAACGGAGAGAGGAGAUUCAGAAAUCGAUGUGCUUCAUCCAGUUAGUAAACAAGUCAUCAUUACCUUUCCCGGAGCCAGAGAGUUAUGAGGUAUUUCUGACACAGUUGGUGUGUAACUUGCUGGAUGAGGGGAACGCAUGCUAUCGAGAUGGUGAUGGGCGGCAGGCAAUGCAGCAGUAUAGUGAGGGGAUCAGCGUUGCCCGUUACGCUCAGGCUGAGGCACUCGUCAUUCCUCGUGAGCUCCUGGAGAGCCUCUAUGUUAACAGGGCUGCCGCUUGCUACCAGACGACAGAGUAUGAGCGCGGUAUUCAGGACUGUGACAGUGCGCUGUGUAUAUCAGAAGGCAGCCGCAGGGCUUUGUACCGCAAAGCGCUGUGUUUGAGGGAGGCGGGACGGCUUAGAGAGGCCUACGAGUGUGGAACCAAAUGUCUCCUCACAGCGCCUCAUGACAGGCAGGUGAGUGACUUGGCCCAGGACCUGGCUAAUAAACUGGGCUUGAAGGGCCGUAAGGCUUAUGUCAGUCUGCAGACAGAUUCCACGGACGCAGACGGGGAAGGUCAUGUGGAGACUUCCCCACAAACAGGCGAGAUGUCCUCCAAUGGACUGGAAUCAUUAAGUGACAUUGGACCAGCUGACCUGUCCAGCGCGCAGUGCAUCCCUGCUCCUUUGGCCACACCCAUUCCAGUCAGCGACGACCCCUCGACCCCUGUGAUAACCCCGUGUACCGACCUCUCGGAGAGUCCCAGCAGCCAGGCUCUGCCUCCUAUGCCAUACUCUGUCCCCGUGUCAGAGCACAUAGAUGAAUGUACUAUCAAGGACGAGCUUGACAAUCUGCUGGAUUGCAUUCCCAAGAAAGUCAGUGAGAGUCCAGUCCAGGGUGCUAUUCCGACAAACCUUCCCAACACAGCGGUGGGUCUCCGGCCUCCGUAUUCUCCUGGUCUUCCGGCUCCAUCAGCCCAGCUUCCGUCUACCUUUUUCAGCUCUUCCCUCAGUGAAAUGCCUGGUCUGGAGCCUUACCCGCUGCUGGGCCAGCGGGACCAAGGCUCCACCCAGGUGCAGGAAGGAUUGGGAGGCUUCUCCACUGGGGCCGCAGAUGCAGACGGAAAAUCAGGGGUCAUUAGUGGCGGGCUUGACUCUCUGUCUGAGUACACUCUCCCCGGGGGACGAGUGAGUCACAACUUCAUCCCUGGACUGCGCAGCCACGCUGCACAAGCUAAUGGUCCAGCAGGAACCAACCUGUCUCUGCUCUCUCGGAAUCCUCUGGCAGCCACUCACGAGUUCCGUCAGGCCUGUCACGCAUGUUACAGCCGAAUAGGUCCACGAGUGAUGGACUAUAAGUAUCAGCCUGAGGCAGCACAUCGAUGCAAGCGAGACGUGCUGCUGUGCCGCCUUAAAAACACAGAAGACCCCACCUGGAAGCGGAUCCGACCCCGGCCUGCACGGAACAACUUCCUGGGGGCUUUUGUACUGUGUAAAGAGGUGCAGGAGCGUCAGGAGUGUCAGUAUGGGGAGAACUGCACCUUUGCCUAUUGCCAGGAGGAGAUUGAUGUGUGGACCCAGGAGAGGAAAGGUGCACUGAGUCGAGAGCUGCUGUUUGACCCGCUGGGCACCACGGAGCGCCGGGCGCUCAGCGUCACUCGACUGCUGCAGCUCCACAUGGGCAUGUUCAUGUUCCUCUGUGAGGAGUGUUUUGACAGUAAGCCUCGAAUAAUCAGUAAACGCAGCAAAGAAAAUUUAGCCGUCUGUUCAAAUCUCACAGCUCGACAUCCAUUUGAUGAUAACAAGUGCCUGGUGCACGUGGUGAGGUCAGCCAACGUGCGCUACAGUAAGGUCCGCCCCUUGCACCCUCUGUGCCAGUUUGACGUUUGUCGCCACGAGGUUCGCUACGGCUGCCAGCGUGAGGACAGCUGCUCCUUCGCGCACUCUGUCAUUGAACUUAAAUGUUGGGUCCUGCAGCAGGACACCGGCAUCACUCAUGAGGAGAUGGUCCAGGAAUCCAAGAGACACUGGCAGAGGCUGGAGCAGAACGCCCAGAGACACCAAAAGACAGUGCACGCCCCCCACCAGAGCAGCAGCGUUCCUGCGGGAGUAGGAGGAAUGGGGUGUGGCGGAGGAGGUGAAGGCGUUGGUGGCGGAGGUGUGGGCCCGGUGAUGGGAUUGGGAGGGUUAGGCCCAGGGGCAGUUAGGGGGCGCCCUCUUAACCUGAAAAUGAAGUUUGUGUGCGGCCAGUGCUGGAGAGAAGGACAGGUCAAUGAGCCAGACAAGAACCUCAAGUACUGCACUGCCAAAGCACGGCACAGCUGGACGAAGGAGCGUCGGGUCCUGCUGGUGAAAUCGUUUGAGAAGAAGAAGUGGGUUGUUGUUCGUCCUUUGCCUUUCUCCCGCACCUACCCACAGCAAUAUGACAUGUGUGUCCAUGUGAUGAAGCAGAAAAAGUGCCACUAUAUCGGGAACUGCUCAUUUGCUCACAGUCUGGAGGAGAGAGACGUCUGGACAUACAUGAAGAACAACAACUUAAGGGACAUGCAGCAGAUGUAUGAACUGUGGCUGCAGCUCACCAAUCAGUGCAGACGCACGGAUAGCUCUGCUGUGACUCCGCCCCCGGAGGACAAGCAGGUUACCAUAACAGCAGAUUACACAGAAAGCAUGGGAGGGCGCCGGCUGUCGGACGGGGAUGACUUAUGAGUUUUGGCAUUUUUACUGGAAGCAGCUGAUCUCCGAGCUUCAGACAGACACGGAUGUAGAUGGAUGAUUCUCAUCCGCCACCACCGAACAGUACGUCAACGGCGUGAGAGCAGACGGACGCCAGUCAGUGUUUGCACCCAUACAGUCAUAUUCACACCACACAGGCACGAGAAACACAGACGACUUCCUCAUCGACAAGGCCAGACUUGGCUUUAGUGUUUUUUUUUUCUGUCACGCUGCAGGUGAUCACAACACCACCACUAUAGCACAUUUUAGUUUUCUCCAAUUAACAAAAAAAAACAACAACAAACAAACAUCUGUUGUUCUAGUCUUCGUUCACUGUUUCUCGGAGCUGAGCAUUUGUGUUCACCAGGCACUCUUUUCUGUAACGUUUGUUUUAAAAUAAAAUCCAGCUAUCGCUAUUCAAACAUUACUUACCAGAGCGCGCUGGUCGCGCUUCCUACAUGUUGUUUGUGUUUGAAGCAAGGCACUGUCACCCUGAACAUUAGCGGUUUAACUCCUGGGUGCCAAAAAUACCAAGCCCUCAGUGCUGUUGACAACAUUUGAGACUGAAAAAGAAGCUAUAAAACUGACACCUUGAAAAGCGAUUCUCAGAGGAUGCUCCUCUUUAAGCUGUGUAACAACCAAAUCCUUAUGGGGAGGUUUGAAAUAACUUUGUGGAGAUUUUCUUUUCUUUUAUUCUUUUUUUUUUUUUUGAUGUUUUGUUUUAAUGGGAGUUUUACUUCCUUGUUGUAUCGUUUGCCAUAUUGGCAUAAAUCUUUGAAUGUAAUGCCUGCAAGGGCCUUUAAAACAAGGAAAUUGGUCGUUUAGAAAAAAAAAAUUUCUGAGGUUGUGGAGUGUGUGUCAGGAAACAUUCUGAUAUCCUGAUAACUCCUGGAGCGUUACCAUUUCCUCCUACACCUCUUCUCUCUUUAGUGAUAAAGAGGCCCUGAGCAUACUUGGUUAACUAAUUACACCAACCAGUCCUGCAUGGAAUGAGCACACGGAAAUGUUUGUGUGUUGGAACCUUUUUGAUGCUGCAGGUUCCUACGUUCAUGGACAUCAGGUUGUUUGAAUGCUGGUUGGAGUAAAAACAAGCAUUUAAUUAUCUGUAGUGAGAAAUUAACCAAUGGUUUGAAGCAUUCGUUGCCAAAGCAACUAAGGAGCUGUUGACAUCAUUUAUUGUAGUGUAAGCAGCUUAUUUGCGUGACGGAAAUGUCCAGUUGGUUUAAUUUGAUGUUCAGAGGCUUGUUUGGAGCUACAGUCAAACAAGUUGAGACCGCAGAUGCCCAUUAAGGAAUGAUGAUCCCACUUGGAUUGAAGGAAUAUGCAGAAAAAAAUCUUGAGGGCUGUAAUUAUUUUUAAAAAUUGUGUAAAUAAAUGUCUUGUAGCCUGAUAUCUCUGCAAAAAUAAUUCAUGGCAAGAUUGAGGAUUAACUCUGACAUGACAAUUCCCCACGAAUCUGAGAAUAUAUGACUUUGUGCUAAAUAGGCGUCCCACCUCAAUUAGGGCAAUUCCAGUGUUGGAUAAGGCGCAUUUAUAUAGGUUGAUAUAGUUUGAAUUUUGGCUAAUUGUCCACCACAUCAUCGCCUCAAAUUGUGCAUUGAGAUCACAUCUUGGUAGAAAAAUGGCCAGAAAUUUCCACCAGUUGUUUACAGCAACAUCAUCUAAAUGCAGUCAUUUGAGAUUAUGUCACUCUAAGAUACCAUCGAGCACCAGAAUAUGCUUCAUGGGUUCAUUGUGUCCAUCGCCGUAAUUAUGGUAGGACACCCAUUGCACAUAAACUUGGAUAUUCUCAGAACUACGUGGAUGUUUCAUGUCUCAUGCUAUGUAUUCUUUUAUAAUUGUCGGUAACAAUAUUUAAGAGAUGUUUGGCACAUCUUCAAUUGAACUGGGGUCAUUGUGACACUGAAGGGAGUGACCCAUAGCCUUCAAAUGGAAACAUGUUCUCGUUGUAUGCAGAUGACAUGUUUCUGAUAGCCAAGGGUAGCCCUGAAGAUAAAUGUUUUACGUGAUGGGAAAUCUGCUAGCUUUAGGACACGGAAAUUAUUCACACCGUUUAUUGUGCCUGUAAACGACACACGAACACAUACACAUGCACACACUCCCAGAAAGGCAGGAUAUCCGUUGCCAUCUUAUUCUAGCCUUUAAUGUGGAGACGGCAUGAUGGAGGUAUGUCUAUAUACAUAUGCACACAUAUUAUACAUAUUUACAAUAUUGGUAUAUUACUACUAAUAAUAAUUGAUAACUUAGCAGUUAAGCUUAAUAAAUAUAACCUGAAAAAAGUGUAUUGAUUACAUAGAAGACCUUCUUGUUAUUGAGGUAUUGCUAUAUGACAUGUAUCACUGAUCUAGAUGACUAUAGUGACUUUGGUUUUGAAUGAUUCUUUUGAUUUUGUAAUUUUUCCUUUUGUGUGGGUUGUUCCAGACGGGGCUUAUAUGGUGGGAUUGCAGCAGAGGUUUGUUCAUUUGAGUUUAUAUUCAGGUUUUAUAUGUAGAAACCUGAGGGGUCUAAUUUAGACUGAAAGAAUCAGAGGGCGCUGCACAAGUCGGUACACAGUCGUUUUAUGACAAAAGCUGUAACUAGUCAAGUUUUUAGUUUAAAUCUUAACGCAACUGAUGGUGGAGUCCUGUGGUUUCAACACCCCGACUAGUUUUCCUCCUUCUGCAGCAAACUGUUGUGAUGAUGACUUAAGACCUCGCAGCUAAUCAGAGCUAGAUGGUCAGGUUAAGAGCAGUAUUGCAUGUUUAGUGGUUCACAAU